CGUCGAACUGAAAACAACGCGACUUGAGCCGGAAAAGCGCCCGGGAAAAACAUAUCAAAGAACGAAAUAUCACGCAUACGCGGCGUUGAACCGAAAAGAAUUGCAAGUGAAGUGAUAUAUAAAAAAAAAAAACAAAAUAGGAAGGAAGGCUCGUUAGUGGAAUUUUUUGUUGCCUUUUUGGGCAGUUUACGAGCGGCUCAGCAUAAAUUGCUGGUCCCCAUUUGAUCCACCUCCGCCUCCGUUGCCCAUUUGCCAUUUCCCAUUUGCACCGACCGUAAUGAGGCAAUGAGACGCGGGGCAGCCGGAAAAGGAAAAGCAACAGCGGGAAAUUCAGCCGAGGAGCCAUGACAUCUGGAGUCUGCCGGAGUCUGGAGCUUUGGCCUUUGCCCGAGUGAACCGAGGAAAACUAAACCCCCGAUCCCAGCGAUGCUGCGCGAUAUCUUUCUGUAUUUAGUUCUAAUCGUUUUAUUUUGCUUCAUUUUCAUGGCGCAGUUAAUCGUCAACGUUUACGCGUUCCAGCGCCAGCCGUCGCCCCACAAAGCGGAGCGCAAUGAAAUUAUAUUUGUCUAGAAAGGAGACAAGCGGUCCACCCACAAAAACCACCCAAAAAUACAGAGAAAAAAAAACAUAUAUAUCAAUAACUUCAAAAUGGAAUUUAUACCAAAAAGUUGAACAAUUAUAGUCACAGAAAUUGACAAAGUUUAUAAAUAUCAUCUAAUAAUACUAGACAUUAAGGUAUAUCUAAAAUGGGAAAACGGUUUGACAUAGAAAUCUAAAAAACAUAAGCAAAUAUUUAUCUAAUAAAUUAUAUUUGUCUAGAAAUGAGACUGUAUCAGCCAAUUUUCAAUUUUACGUCAAAAUAUUACACAUAUUCAUAAGCAUUUAUAAGUUCAAGUUUAAAUUUCUCAUAGAUUUACACCUCACAUACAAUACUAUCAAACAAUAGCCAUUUAAAUAAUCAAAAUUAUCAUAAAAAUAUCAAUAGGUCCAAGAACUCACACCACUCCUUUUCCAGUGCACCCUUGAGGGCCAAAAAAAGGAGGUUGAAAAAUGAAGAUGCUACAAAAGCAAAGGCUACAAGUCAAGCCGCCGUGGUUUCCAUUUAAUAAGAAAGGCAACUCAACUAGGUUCAACUCUCAGUUGAGUAAGAAAAGUGGGAAAAA